AACAGAAGCACGCGAGAACAACAACUUGUUUAGGGAAGGAGAGACGACGACAUGUUAGUCCAAUUUUAAAAACCUAGAUAGUGGGAACGUGUUUUAUUAUUUGUGAAAACCCCUCUCUUCCAAGUCGAGGUAAGCAACUUUCGUGGUGUAGUUUGUGCUUACUUUAUUCUCCAAAUAAUUCAAACUAGAAAACAAGCAAGCUAAUGUUGGCUAGCUAACGUUACUGUCCACACAAUUCCUAGUCCUAGCUUCUCCAUUUACAUUUUAGUCAUUUAGCAGACGCUCUUAUCCAGAGCGACUUACAGUUAGUGAGUGCAUUAAUUUUCAUACUGGCCCCCCGUGGGAAACGAACCCACAACCCUGGCGUUGCAAGCGCCAUGCUCUACCAACUGAGCUACAGGGGACAUCAUGUGAUAUGUGGCAGAUUACGUUAAAUCAAUAACUGUUACACAUUUAUUGUGGAUAAUUUGGUAAACGGCAAGUUAGCUAAAUUAGAGGGCUACCACUAGCUAGUUGUCUAGGUAACGUUACCUCCCCAGCCUAGUUUGAGUUUAGAUCCCUGUAAAACGAUAUCGUGGAGUUGAGUAAACUCCGCUACCCCCAGCCGAGAUGGCAAGCCAAGUUAACCUUUGGCAUUUACACCAACGGUUGUGCUAGCUAUCUACGGGUUCGAAGUCUAGCAAGGCUAUUCAGCCAAAGACCCACUGUCCAAUUAUGCAGCUAUGAAUGCAAUCUUAUCUAGCUAUAAAGAUACAGUCGAAUCUACUAGCUAGUCGGCUUGGUAGAGACUUGUGUACACAAGUCCUUGCAAUAUCUGGAAACCAAACACUGGAUUUCAUAUUUACGUCAUUUAGCAGACGCUCUUAUCCAGAGCGACUUACAAAUUGGUGCAUUCACCUUAUAGCCAGUGGGAUAACCACUUUACAAUAUGUUUUUUUUUGGGGGGGGGGUGAGGUAAGGGGGGGUAGAAGGAUUACUUUAUCCUAUCCCAGGUAUUCCUUAAAGAGGUGGGGUUUCAAGUGCCCUCGUUUGGGUGUAGGGACUGAUCAGAGCCUGAAGGUACGGAGGUGCCGUUCCCCUCACAGCUCCAUGGGCAAGCAACGUAUGCAAGCAAGCAACGUAUGCAAGCAAGCAACGUAUGCAAGCAAGCAACGUAUGCCUGUGAUGGGUGUCUGUAGUUUCCUCACACUUUUUACUUUGAUCUGGUCUCCGUGUAGAUGGUGUCUUAUAAGAGACUGAGUCCAGAGGAAGUCCAGUUCUCCAACGCUGCUGCUUCAGAGGAGCCUCCUGCACAGGACAUGGUGGAGGUGAGAACUACCUAACACUCUUGUGGGAUUCUGUCGUCUAUAGCAAUGUAGUGUAUUGUCACAUUUACCCCUAGCUAUAUGUACAUAUUACCUCAACUGCUUUGUACCCCGUGCACAUUGACUCGUUACCGGAGUAGCUUGAGUGCCAGUCUGUGUUUCUGCUCUGUCACCAACUCCUUAUGGGAUUGUCAUGCCUAAACAUUGGGGUGGCAGUAAGUCAGAGCCUAAACAUUGGGGUGGCAGUAAGUCAGAAGGAUUUUUACAAAAGAGCAGAAACAGACUAGCGUCCUGUCCAGGGGGUGUACUGGUACAUCAAGCUGCCUCACCCUACAGAAACAGGAGAUAAACUAGCGUCCUGUCCAGGGGGUGUACUGGUACAUCAAGCUGCCUCACCCUACAGAAACAGGAGAUAGACUAGCGUCCUGUCCAGGGGGUGUACUGGUACAUCAAGCUGCCUCACCCUACAGAAACAGGAGAUAGACUAGCGUCCUGUCCACGGGGUGUACUGGUACAUCAAGCUGCUUCACCCUACAGAAACAGGAGAUAGACUAGCGUCCUGUCCACGGGGUGUAUUGGUACAUCAAGCUGCCUCACCCUACAGAAACAGGAGAUAAACUAGCGUCCUGUCCAGGGGGUGUACUGGUACAUCAAGCUGCCUCACCCUACAGAAACAGGAGAUAGACUAGCGUCCUGUCCAGGGGGUGUACUGGUACAUCAAGCUGCCUCACCCUACAGAAACAGGAGAUAGACUAGCGUCCUGUCCAGGGGGUGUAGUUGUACAUCAAGCUGCCUCACUACAGAAACAGGAGAUAGACUAGCGUCCUGUCCAGGGGGUGUACUGGUACAUCAAGCUGCCUCACCCUACAGAAACAGGAGAUAGACUAGCGUCCUGUCCAGGGGGUGUACUGGUACAUCAAGCUGCCUCACCCUACAGAAACAGGAGAUAGACUAGCGUCCUGUCCAGGGGGUGUACUGGUACAUCAAGCUGCCUCACCCUACAGAAACAGGAGAUAAACUAGCGUCCUGUCCAGGGGGUGUACUGGUACAUCAAGCUGCCUCACCCUACAGAAACAGGAGAUAAACUAGCGUCCUGUCCAGGGGGUGUACUGGUACAUCAAGCUGCCUCACCCUACAGAAACAGGUGAUAGACUAGCGUCCUGUCCAGGGGGUGUACUGGUACAUCAAGCUGCCUCACCCUACAGAAACAGGAGAUAAACUAGCGUCCUGUCCAGGGGGUGUACUGGUACAUCAAGCUGCCUCACCCUACAGAAACAGGUGAUAGACUAGCGCCCUGUCCAGGGGGUGUACUGGUACAUCAAGCUGCCUCACCCUACAGAAACAGGAGAUAAACUAGCGUCCUGUCCAGGGGGUGUACUGGUACAUCAAGCUGCCUCACCCUACAGAAACAGGUGAUAGACUAGCGUCCUGUCCAGGGGGUGUACUGGUACAUCAAGCUGCCUCACGCUGCAGAGCCGUUCCGACUAGCACAAGCCAAGGCUCGUGCAAGGCUUACUUACUUACCCAGGCUACACCAAGUGCAUUGUACUGUCUAGUACUGUACUGUGUAGUAUUGCAGUCAAACUGUAACUGUAGUUAUGAUUUCAGGUGAAGGACCCAGAGGAGACAGAGCGCCCCCUGCUGCCUCGGAGGCCCUCAUGUUCUGCCACCACGGCACUUAUCUCCCUGGGCUCCCUGCUGCUCCUGAUCUGUGGCGUCUGGCUUCUGGGGACCAUCUUCUGGCUCCACGCCCCAUCCAACAACGUCCCCCACAGGGCCCCGCCGCCCAGGGUCUCCCCAGGGAAAGGUGGGGGAGAUGGGGGUGGAGCCCUACCAGAGCCCCAGGCUUGUGGAGUGGUCCCAGAGGCCUGGAGGUUUGACUGCUACCCAGAGAGAGGGGUGGUGGUGACCAGGGAGUUGUGUGAGGCGAGGAACUGUUGCUUCAUCCCAGCCUCCUCUUCCUCCUCCUCCACCGCCCCGGGGAGGAAUGGUGUCCCCUGGUGUUUCUACCCCCCUGGGUUCCCCUCCUACUCCCUGGUGUCCGUUAACAGCACAGAGUUGGGCCAGACAGGAACUCUGGUGAAGGCAGUGAAGACCUACUACCCUGAAGAUAUUCUGACUCUACAGCUGGAGGUCCUCUAUGAGACGGACCACAGGCUCCGAGUCAGGGUGAGGAAGCACAGAGGACACACACGUGAAUACAUGCAUUCAUUCAUACAGACGGACGUGAAUGUACUGUAUACACACACAUACAUUAAUGCACACACACAGGCAGAAGCGCGCGCACACACGUGAAUACAUGCAUUCACUCCCUGUGUCAUAUCUCUGGGGUCGUAGGCCGUCAUAUCAUUCAUCUCUCUUUUGUUACGCUUAGAUCACCGACCCGUCUGAGUCGCGGUUCGAGGUGCCAAUCACCGUGCCCAAUGCCACAGAGAAGGCUUCUAGUCCCGCCUACUCUGUGGAGCUGUCCAAUGAGCCGUUUGGCAUCAUCGUUAAGAGAACUUCCUCAGGAGCUGUGCUGUACGCAUGAGUGACUAUCUCUAUAGUCUCUACUCUCCCUUGCCUCUCUCUAUAGUCUCUAUUCUCCCUUACCUCUCUAUAGUCUCUACUUUCCCUUUGUCUAUAGUCUCUACUCUCCCUUGCCUCUCUAUAGUCGCUACUCUCCCUUGCCUCUCUAUAGUCUCUACUCUCCCUUGCCUCUCUAUAGUCUCUACUCUCCCUUGCCUCUCUAUAGUCGCUACUCUCCCUUGCCUCUCUAUAGUCUCUACUCUCCCUUGCCUCUCUAUAGUCUCUAUUCUCCCUUCCCUCUCUCUAUAGUCGCUACUCUCCCUUGCCUCUCUAUAGUCUCUACUCUCCCUUGCCUCUCUCUAUAGUCUCUACUCUCCCUUGCCUCUCUCUAUAGUCUCUAUUCUCCCUUCCCUCUCUCUAUAGUCUCUACUCUCCCUUGCCUCUCUCUAUAGUCUCUACUCUCCCUUGCCUCUCUCUAUAGUCUCUAUUCUCCCUUCCCUCUCUCUAUAGUCUCUACUCUCCCUUGCCUCUCUCUAUAGUCUCUACUCUCCCUUGCCUCUCUCUAUAGUCUCUACUCUCCCUUGCCUCUCUCUAUAGUCUCUAUUCUCCCUUUCCUCUCUCUAUAGUCUCUAUUCUCCCUUUCCUCUCUCUAUAGUCUCUAUUCUCCCUUUCCUUUCUAUAUAGUCUCUACUCUCCCUUACCUCUCUCUAUGGUCUGAACUCUCCCUUGCCGCUCUAUAGUCUCUACUCUCCCUUGCCUCUCUCUAUAGUCUAUAUUCUCCCUUACCUCUCUCUAUGGUCUGAACUCUCCCUUGCCUCUCUAUAGUCUCUACUCUCCCUUGCCUCUCUCUAGAGUCUCUACUCUCCCUUACCUCUCUCUAUGGUCUGAACUCUCCCUUGCCUCUCUAUAGUCUCUACUCUCCCUUGCCUCUCUCUAGAGUCUCUACUCUCCCUUACCUCUCUCUAUGGUCUGAACUCUCCCUUGCCUCUCUAUAGUCUCUACUCUCCCUUACCUCUCUCUAUGGUCUGAACUCUCCCUUGCCGCUCUAUAGUCUCUACUCUCCCUUGCCUCUCUCUAUAGUCUCUAUUCUCCCUUACCUCUCUCUAUGGUCUGAACUCUCCCUUGCCUCUCUAUAGUCUCUACUCUCCCUUGCCUCUCUCUAUAGUCUCUACUCUCCCUUUCCUUUCUCUAUAGUCUCCACUCUCCCUUUCUCUAUAGUCUCUACUCUCCCUUUCCUUUCUCUAUAGUCUCCACUCUCCCUUUCCUUUCUCUAUAGUCUCCACUCUCCCUUUCUCUAUAGUCUCCACUCUCCCUUUCUCUAUAGUCUCAACUCUCCCUUACCUCUCUCUAUAGUCUACUAUCCCUUACCUCUCUCUAUAGUCUCCACUCUCCCUUUCUCUAUAGUCUCAACUCUACUUUGCCUCUCUCUAUAGUCUCUACUCUCCCUCUCUCUAUAGUCUCUACUAUCCCUUACCUCUCUCUCUAGUCUCUACUCUCCCUUACCUCUCUCUAUAGUCUCCACUCUCCCUUUCUCUAUAGUCUCCACUCUCCCUUACCUCUCUCUAUAGUCUACUAUCCCUUACCUCUCUCUAUAGUCUCCACUCUCCCUUUCUCUAUAGUCUCAACUCUACCUUGCCUCUCUCUAUAGUCUCUACUCUCCCUCUCUAUAGUCUCUAAUAUCCCUUGCCUCUCUAUAGUCUCAACUCUCCCUUUCUCUAUAGUCUCUAAUCUCCCUCUCUCUAUAGUCUCUACUCUCCCUCUCUCUCAAGUCUCUACUCUCCCUUGCCUCUCUAUAGUCUCAACUCUCCCUUGCCUCUCUAUAGACUCUACUCUCCCUUGCCUCUCUCUAUAGUCUCUACUCUCCCUUGCCUCUCUCUAUAGUCUCUACUCUCCCUUGCCUCUCUAUAGUCUCUACUCUCCCUUGCCUCUCUAUGGUCUGAACUCUCCCUUGCCUCUCUAUAGUCUCUACUCUCCCUUGCCCCUCUCUAUAGUCUCUACUCUCCCUUGCCUCUCUAUAGUCUCAACUCUCCCUUGCCUCUCUAUAGACUCUACUCUCCCUUGCCUCUCUCUAUAGUCUCUACUCUCCCUUGCCUCUCUCUAUAGUCUCUACUCUCCCUUGCCUCUCUAUAGUCUCUACUCUCCCUUGCCUCUCUAUGGUCUGAACUCUCCCUUGCCUCUCUAGAGUCUCUACUCUCCCUUUGUUAUUCUGGUUGGAAUAAUCUGUGAAUUGGGAUGGUUUCAUUUGAUGUAAUAUUUGUAAAAAAUUGUUUUAUGUUCCUGUGUCUGUGUGUUGGUCUGUCUUCAUGUUGUGCAUAUCCCCCCUCCCCCCCCCCCCAGCCUCAACACCACGGUAGCGCCUCUGUUCUACUGUGACCAAUUCCUCCAGCUGUCCAGCAGUCUGUCCAGUCAGUACGUCUAUGGCCUGGGAGAACACCGCUCCUCCUUCCUACACGACGUCCACUGGAACACUCUCACCAUGUGGGCUAGAGACGUACCGCCCACGGUACUGACGCUAACACUAACAUGCUGAUGCUGAACAUGGGAAUGAUAUGGUUACGCUAAAUGUUAUGGUAAUGCUAGCAUGCUAAUGUUAAACCUAUGGUAAAUCUAAGGUGAUGCUAGAAGGCUAAUGCUAAACAUAUGGUAAAUCUAAGGUAAUGCUAAACAUAUGGUAAGCUAUGGUAAUGCUAGCAUGCUAAAGCUAACCACCUAUGGUUGGUUGGUUUCUCCUUUUUCUUCUCUAUCACUUUUUUAGUUCUUUAUCCCUUUUGUUAACCCAUCUGAAUGGCUGAACAAUCAUGUAAUUAAAGCAUUAGGGUGCAUCUGAUGCUGAUGGGUUGGAAUGUCAACAUCACAUCUUGGGGACUGUAACAACGGAUAACUUUGUCAGUUGGAUGAUGGGAACAUGAGGCCAGAUUGAUUCCCUGGUUCUCUGUCCUGUAUCUGAAGGAGCUGACACACCCCUGGGGCUCAUCCCUUCCACCUUCUACCUCACGCUCCCUCACUCACACACACACACACAUAUAUGUAUUUAUGUACACAAAACAUUAAGGACCCCUCCUCUUUCCAUGACACAGACUGACCAGGUGAAAGACAAAAUAUUUAAGUGCCUUUGGACAGGGUAUGGUAGGUAGUAGGUACCAGGCGCACCGGUUUGUGUCAAGAACUGCAACGCUGCUGGGUUUUUUCACGCUCAACAGUUUCCCAUGUGUAUCAAGAAUGGUCCACCACCCAAAGGACAUCCAGCCAACUUGACACAACUGUGGGAAGCAUUAGUGUCAACAUGGCCAGCGUUCCUCUACACCUUGUAGAGUCCAUGCCCCGACGAAUUGAGGCUGUUCUGAGGGAAAACUCUGCUAAAUGGCUUAUUAUUAUUAUUAUUAUUAAAACUCCAUAUUAGGAAGGUGUCCAUCUUUUGUAUACUCAGUGUGUAUAUAUAUGUAUGUGUAUAUAUAUACAGUACCAGUCAAAAGUUUGGAAACACCUACUCAUUCAAGGGUUUUUCUUUAUUUGUACUAUUUUCUACAUAGUAGAAUAAUAGUGACGACGUCAAAACUAUUAAAUAACAGAUAUGGAAUCAUGUAGUAACCAAACAAGUGUUAAACAAAUCAAAAUAUAUUUUAGAUUUUAGAUUUUUCAAAUAGCCACCCUUUGCUUUGAUAACAACUUUUCAAACUCUUGGCAUUCUCUCAACCAGCUUCACCUGGAAUGCUUUUCCAACAGUCUUGAAGGUGUUCCCACAAAUGCUGAGGAUGUGUGAUGGUGUGGGGGUGCUUUGCUGGUGACACGGUCUGUGAUUUAUUUAGAAUUCAAGGCAAACUUAACCAGCAUGGCUAUCACAGCAUUCUGCAGCGAUACACCAUCCCAUCUGGUUUGCGCUUAGUGGGACUAUCAUUUGUUUUUCAACAGGACAAUGACCCAAAACACACCUCCAGGCUGUGUAAGGGCUAUUUGACCAAGGAGAGUGAUGUAGUGCUACAUCAGAUGACCUGGCCUCCACAAUCACCCGACCUCAACCCAAUUGAGAUGGUUUGGGAUGAGUUGGACCGCAGAGUGAAGGAAAAGCAGCCAACAAGUGCUCAGCAUAUGUGGGAACUCCUUCAAGACUGUUGGAAAAGCAUUCCUCAUGAAGCUGGUUGAGAGAAUGUCAAGAGUGUGCAAAGAUGUCAUCAAGGCAAAGGGUGGCUACUUUGAAGAAUCAAAAAUAUAUUUUGAUUUGUUUAACACUUUUUUGGUUACUACAUGAUUCAAUAUGUGUUUUGAUAGUUUUGAUGUCUUCACUAUUAUUCUACAAUGUAGAAAUUAGUAAAAAUAAAGAAAAACUAGUGAGUAGGUGUGUCCAAACUUUUGACUGGUACUGUAUGUAUGUAUGUGUGUGUGUAUAUGUAUAUAUGUAUGUAUAUGUGUGUGUAUAUAUGUGUGUGUAUGUGUAUAUGUGUGUGUGUAUGUAUAUAUAUAUGUAUAUAUGUGUGUGUGUGUAUGUAUAUGUGUGUGUAUAUGUAUAUAUAUGUAUAUAUGUGUGUGUAUAUGUAUAUGUGUGUGUUAGGUAUACUGUAAUAGCUCUAUUCUCUGUCCUGUGUCAAAAGGAGCUGACUAACCUGUAUGGGGCUCAUCCCUUCUACCUGGCCAUGGAGGAAGGAGGGACGGGGACAGCACACGGAUUCUUCCUGCUCAACAGCAACGCUAUGGGUCAGUGGCCACGUCCCAUUUCUACCAUUACGACCUUUACUCUAGCUCCUAUGUACUUGGACCGCUAUGGGUCAGUGGCCACGUCCCAUUUCUACCAUUACGACCUUUACCUGAGCUCCUAUGUACUUGGACCACUAUGGGUCAGUGGCCACGUCCCAUUUCUACCAUUACAACCUUUACCUGAGCUCCUAUGUACUUGGACCACUACGGGUCAGUGGCCACGUCCCAUUUCUACCAUUACGACCUUUACCCGAGCUCCUAUGUACUUGGACCACUAUGGGUCAGUGGCCACGUCCCAUUUCUACCAUUACAACCUUUACCUGAGCUCCUAUGUACUUGGACCGCUAUGGGUCAGUGGCCACGUCCCAUUUCUACCAUUACAACCUUUACCUGAGCUCCUAUGUACUUGGACCACUAUGGGUCAGGCGCUGGUCUAUUCCAUUUCUACCCCUUUAUGUUCAGUAUCUCGAAUCUACAUUGAUGUUUGAGUGAUGCUAUGUCAUCUUCAUGUCGUGUUUAUGAAUGCUCUGUGAAUGUUGGUUCUGCAGACGUGGCCCUCCAGCCGGGCCCUGCCAUCACCUGGCGUACCAUUGGUGGGAUCCUGGACUUCUACGUCUUUCUGGGUCCCGAUCCGGCCUCUGUGAUUGGACAAUAUCUGGAGGUCGUAGGUCAGUCUACAGAAAGACGACAAUGCACUCCUUCCUCCCUCAUGUCCUUGAAGUCAUCACUGUCUGACUUUCCCCUUUCAUCUCUCUCAGGUUACCCCUCCAUGCCAGUCUACUGGGCGUUGGGUUACCAUCUCUGUCGCUGGGGUUACGGAGGUAGCAAUGGCACCUGGGACGUCGUCAAGAACAUGAGGAAUUAUGGAAUACCCCAGGUACGUACCCGCUGACUCACUCGGUGUGUGUUCACCGUUCUCUUCUGCAUGGAACACUGACUGUCUUCCUUGACAGGCAGUGAAAUAACAUUGUGUGUGUGUGUGUGUUCCAGGAUGUGCAGUGGAAUGAUAUAGACUACAUGGACCGUAGUCUAGACUUCACCUUUGACCCCGCGGCCUUCCCGACCCUGCCUGACAUGGUGAAAGACCUGCACAGCCACGGACAACGUUAUGUCAUGAUAUUGGUACGCUGCUCGCUGUGUCUGUAGUAACCCUCACCUCCCCCCUCUAGGACCCAGGGGUCUGUAGUAACCCUCACCUCCCCCCUCUAGGACCCAGGGGUCUGUAGUAACCCUCACCUCCCCCCUCUAGGACCCAGGGGUCUGUAGUAACCCUCACCUCCCCCCUCUAGGACCCAGGGGUCUGUAGUAACCCUCACCUCCCCCCUCUAGGACCCAGGGGUCUGUAGUAACCCUCACCUCCCCCUCUAGGACCCAGGGGUCUGUAGUAACCCUCACCUCCCCCCUCUAGGACCCAGGGGUCUGUAGUAACCCUCACCUCCCCCCUCUAGGACCCAGGGGUCUGUAGUAACCCUCACCUCCCCCCUCUAGGACCCAGGGGU